AAUUCUAACUCAUCUCUUCUAUAUGAUUCUACAUGUCCUUUAGCUGAUCACAGUUGAAUCAGGCGUAAAGCAAUCCCGUACUUCCUUCUCCACAGAUCAUUAUAAACCAGUGAAAGAUAUGGAGGCUCACGAGUUUGAAUAAUCCACGAUCAUUCAUAGGUUCGAUCAGCUUCUAAUUCCUUGAUUUCGUUUAUCUAAGCAUCCGAAAUUGGAGGAUCUUCCAAAUUACUUGUUAUUUACGAAGGCGAUCUGUAAUAUUAUUGCUGAAAUGAUGGCGAGAUCUAGCGGAAGAUGUUUAAUCGUGAUUUUUUCUUAGUUUUUUCCGAUUGUCGAUGCUUCUUGACCAACUGUGCUUGAUCUCUUGGAUUGACUUUGCAAGGAGAGUUUUAGAUAUGAAUUCUAUGCUGUUUAUAUCAACGGGACCUCCAAUAAAACGACGAACGGAUUUGAUUAUGAAACAAGCAGGACGAGGAUCAUAUCGAGGGAGUUAGCUGAGUUACCACGAGAAACGUUGAUUGGAAUAGUAGUUUCUUUGCUGGAGAUUUUUCUUUUUUCUUUUUUCAGUUUCUUAAGAUAAACAAUAUAUGGAGUUCGUUCUUCUCAAGAAGUUACUGCAGAGUUUCUGUUGCAGUUUUCAAUGGAACUAUGCAGUGUUCUGGAAGCUUCAGGAUCAAGGUGAAAGGCUUUUGACAUGGGAAGAUGGAUGUUUCCGUUCUUCAAUUAGAGAGCCUAUGGACAUGAUUCCGGAUCAAUUGUCCAAUAACAGAAGCCCUAUGUUGAGUAUGAGCUAUGAAUCCAGCAUAAAUAGUGAGCAGUCAGAUGAAUUUGCAGUUGACCUGGCAGUGGCAGAGAUGAAGAGUAUCCAUUACAGAUUGGGAGAAGGGGCUGUUGGUGAAGUUGCAUUGUCAGGGAAUUAUUGCUGGUUUUCACAAGACAACAUUACAACCUAUGAUUUUUUAUCCAUGUGUCCAAACGAAUGGCUAUCUCAGCUUGAAGCAGGAAUCAAGAUAUGUUUUGGUAUAUUCCAUUCAGCUUGCCAAAAACAAGCAAAUCGGCCCAAUCAGCAUGCUAUCAAAACCAUUCUGUUAAUACCUAUUGCUCAUCAUGGAGUUCUGCAACUUGGCUCAUUGAAGAAGGUUCUGGAAGAUGCGGAAAUGGUUGCUACUACUAGAGAUCAGGUCUACGAGUGCUUCUCCUGUGCGACCCAUUUCCUUCAUCUCUAUAAUGAUACAGAAUUUCCUUCUAUGUCAGUAUCACCUUCUAACCUGAUUCCCAUGGAGGAUUUUAUUGACCCUUCAAAUAGUCUGAUGAGAAUUAUGACAGCUGAAGAUGAUGAACAUUACAUUUCGGGAAACCAAUUUCUUGGAGAUUUUUUUAAUGACUACUCACUUGAAAAUUCAAUUGGAGUUCCUGAAUUACAAUAUCCUUCGUUGCAUAUGUGGCAAGAUAUUAUUACAGGAAGUUUGGAUGAUUUUCUUUGUUAUGAAGAAGAGGAUGCUCAAAUCUUUAGUUCCUAUCAUACCCAUGACAUUAACAGCUUUGAAAAUUACAUCCAUGAGAAUAAAGAAUCUUAUUCUUCAAGUUUAGUCAUGAAACCGACAUUCAUCAACAAGGAGGCUGAUGUGGAAAAUGAUGAGGAUAAGAGACCAUUCAAGUUUCCGAGACAUAGUGAGCUGCAUAAAGCACUAGGACAAGGAUUGCCAAUGCAGACCAAAGGACACUUGAAUGAAUCAUUCUUCUCAAUAGAGAAUCAAUGUGGUGAAGUUGGGGAACCUCAUGGUUGGCCUUUCGGAAGCAAUUUAGCUGUCCAUCUUGUGGAACCUGUAGUUGUCAAUGGAGAUGAUAAUAUGGUCUACAGCUUCAGUGAUAUGAAAUCAUGCGUGACAUCAAAUAUGGAUAGCACAAUUGAUACAUUUUCUCUAAAAGAGCAGAAGAAGAAAGUUAACCACCACCAUAUUAAGAAGGGGUCAAAAUUACCCAAUAAGAGCAAAAGAAAGACUGAGCCUUGUGAAAAUCCUAGGGCAAGGCCAAGAGAUAGGCAGUUGAUUCAAGAACGGGUGAAAAAGCUACGAGACCUUGUUCCAGAUAGUGGCAAGUGUAGCAUUGACGGGCUUCUGGAGCGAACGAUAAAACAUAUGAAGCACUUGGAAAGUGUCACUUCCCACGCUGAUAAGCUGAAACAAUCUGUUGAGCAUAAGCUAUCUGGUGAAAAAAUUUCCAAAUCAUCUGGACUUGGUGGUGUUGAACAUCUAAAGGGAGGAAGCUGGGGCUUUGAACUGGGGAAGAACAAUCUCCAGAAAAGCCCAAUAGUAGUUGAAGAUCUUGGAACCCAUGGACAUAUGCUCAUUGAGAUGAUAUGCAAUGACUAUGAACUAUUCAUGGAAAUUGCUGAAAUAAUCAGGAAAUUGGAGUUAACCAUCCUCAAGGGAGAAAUGGAAAGUAAAUGGGCCUAUUUCAUUGUUGAGGUGUCAGAUGGCUUCCAAAGACUGGAUAUAUUCUGGCCACUUAUGCAAUUAAUGCAGAGAAGUUUUCCAAACUCUAUCAUAUAGGGUUGAUCUUAUAUCAGCACUUUUUUAAGCUUUGAAUAAAUUAAGGGUCAGUUUAUAACAUGGUAUCAUCAAAGAUGGAAAAAGAAGAAGAUUGCUUAAUUUGCCAAAAUCAAGAUAUGCAAGUGCCAUAAUUCACAAGCCAACUUUUUAGGUCUGUGGUUUAGGAUGAAGGGAUAUGGAUUAUUUAUGUUAAGAUCAUUCCCCAAACCUAACUAAUGGCAAAAUCAGGAAAAUCUUCUAUUUUGAUUCCAUGAAAAUAUUAUCUGCCCAUCAUACUUUUCCCUCUUAUCAUAUUUUGUUUUAUGAAUAUGGUAUGUUCUAAGUACUUUCUAUAAACAUGUCAAUUCAGUUAAAUAUUUGAAGUUUAUCUCAA